AUCACCGUGAAAUUUUCUUUCAGCGCACACGAAUUUGGCUAGCGGACAUUCAUCACAGAAAUCUAAUCGUUCAAUAAACCUGGAUAAUUCUCUUGAAAUUGAUACCGUUUUUGCUUAAUAAAUAAAUCAAUAAAAAAGAUGGCGACCGCUACAGUGGUAACUGCUGCGCUGGCUCAAGAGAAGAUCUGGCUUGAUAAGCCAUCCUACGAUAAAGCAGAACGACAAUAUUUCGAGAAAAUGGCCAAGCUUGGAACAUGUUUUAAGGUGGUGUCUCGUAAGGUUGCGGGAGGCUGCACGCUUAAAUGUGACAAUCUUGUAACCGAUAAAUACCAAGAUUUAAUAAGUACUAACACUCUCAAGUCUAAGGCCGAGAAAUCUAAGGACAACAAAUCGCUAGCUUUCGAGAACGAAACGAAUGAGAAUGCGAAACGUUCCAAAUGCCAAGCUAGAAAUACAAAAACUAAUAAAGAUGCCGUGGACGUAUGUAACAUGCAAAACAAGCAAAAUUUAAUGGCGAAUGAGAAAUCCAAUAGCGCGAAAGAUAACGUGAAAGAGAAGGAGAGUAUUUCUCCAAACGGGAACUCCAAGAAAUAUAACGCGAAGGAGGCUAAGGAGAAAAAGAACAAGGAAGAUACGAAAAACAAGAGCAGAGAAAACGGAGGAAAUGAUAUUGGUGGAAAUAAAGAAACUUCAAUGCCAUUCGCGAGGAAUAAAGAACAAUUGCCUGAGCAGGGAACUCAACAGUCCAAUUGCGCAAUCUUACCUCCUGUUGUUGGAAGUUUGGCCAACGAGGUCGCCAAGGCUCGACAGCAUAUUAAACAGUCUUUACAGUGUAUGGACGAUGUUAUAGCGCUUACUGAUAUGUCACAUCAAGACGUUACGCCACGCAUAGCAAAUAUCGAGAAACAUAAUAAAGAACUACAAGACGUCGUUCAAGAUCUAGAGGCUAUACUGGAUAAAUUGGAGAAACGUGUGACAAGUCUUGAACAACGCAUCCCUUACAUAGCGAUUUGUCCUGCGAGACCUGAGAGCGUCGGAGAACAAGUCGAACAACAACCAGAGAAAAAUGAAGAUGACGAAGUUGAUUUAUUUGGUUCAGACUCAGAGGCAGAUGAUGAAGAGGCUGCUAAGAUUAGGGAAGAGCGACUCGCUGCGUAUGCUGCAAAGAAAUCCAAAAAACCAGCUUUAAUAGCUAAAUCGAAUAUUAUCCUUGACGUAAAACCGUGGGACGACGAAACGGAGAUGAAAGAAAUGGAAAAUGAAGUGCGAAAGAUUGAGACCGACGGUUUGUUUUGGGGUGCAUCUAAACUUGUACCACUUGCCUUCGGAAUUCACAAGUUACAGAUUUCGUGUGUCGUGGAGGACGACAAAGUAUCGGUUGACUGGCUAACGGAGAAAAUACAAGAAAUCGAAGAUUAUGUGCAAAGCGUUGAUAUCGCCGCUUUCAAUAAGGUGUAAAUAAAAUUAAUGAGUUGUAUCAUAAAAAACGUGUUGGCAGCGUAGUCGAAAGUAAUAAUUCGCGUGUGCCAUUUUUGCAUUCCAUUAGCCAAUUUCUGUAAACCAUAUGUGCGUGUUUCGCCUCUAUUUAGAAUCGAAUAAUAAAAAUAUUUAAAAAAUAUA